AUGGACCAACAUGGUGACCAGGAUUCACCACUGUCUAUUGCAUCAAACAUUGCCGGCCUGCUGACGUUUGUCUUUGCCGUUGCGGCAACGGCCUACGCGCGUGUUCGGUACCUGCAAAGUAGCAGCACCGAGUAUCUCCGCGUCAAAACCAGCCUGUCCUGGUACAAGACGGAGUCGACAUGGCUGUCGGAUCUCAUCAGCACACAAGAGUCGUUGUCCCGCGCGAGCGAAGACCGAGGCACGAAGCGAGGCAGCAUUGACGAGAAGAGCAGCGCCGAGUGGCUGCGACGGCGACGCACAGGACUUGAUCGCGCACCGCCGCCGGCACAGCGGGCGGAGCAGCACAUGUUUGCGUUUGUCAUGGACGACUUAUUGAAUCUUGAGCAGCGCCUGCUGGACAUGGUUAACGACGUGGAGUCGCGGGCGGACCCCUCCCCCAGCGCGGUUGGCGUCUCGUGGUCACUGAUUCCGGGGACGUGGCACGGUGGACGGCCGUCGGUGGCGGUGGCGUGGCUGGGAGCUGCAGGCGCUUGA